UAUGACACUCGCAAAUGACGUGGUUUUCUAUCGGUAAAAGAAUUUUCAAAAUCUGUUCAGUGAAUCCAGAGAUUACCCGCUAGACUGCUACAACAUCACAAGCUUUAUCUCUCUAUUUUUAGUCUAAAUAUUAAUAAUAUUAGUUUUCUAAAUUUCGAAACCAAAUGGAAGAUAAGGAAAAUGAAGACUUAUUACAAAAUAUCGAAACAAAAUAUCCUUUGCUUCCAUUCGAAAAACAAAUAUUUAUCGAUAUCUUCGAAAAGGAUGCCCUUGUAAUAAUUGCAAAGGGGUUAAAUUAUAACACAGUUGUAGCCAAUCUUUUGUGGGUGCAUAAGGACCCAAGCAAUUUAGUUUUAGUACUUAAUAGCAAUGAUCAUGAAGAGAAGCUAUUUACAGAACAGUUUAAUUUAACUGUCUUACCCAACACAGGAGCAGAGAGAGAAAAAGCAUACUUAGAGGGAGGUGUAUACUUUGUAUCAACAAGAAUUUUGGUUGUUGAUUUGCUGAAGAACCGCGUCCCAGUUGCGAAUGUAACUGGCAUUGUUGUGUUACGAGCUCACACUGUGCUGGAGUCAUGUCAGGAAGCGUUUGUGUUGAGACUGUUCAGACAAAACAAUAAGACAGGAUUUAUUAAAGCAUUUUCUAAUUCACCAAUUUCGUUUACAUUUGGGUUCCAUCAAGUGGAAAAAGUUAUGAGAGCGCUUUUUGUCACAGAGUUGUUCUUAUGGCCUAGAUUUCACGGAGCUAUAAUAAAAAGCCUGAAGAGCAGGCAAGCUGAAGUGGUGGAGCUGCAUGUCCGCCUCACCCCUAACACGAGCCUCAUACAGGCGUGUCUGCUGGAAAUCAUGAACUACACAGUUAAACAGUUAAAAAGCAUCAACAGGACCUUGGAUAUGCAAGAAAUAACUUCAGAGAACUGUGUCACGAAGAAAUUUCACAAGAUUUUACAGUCUCAGUUAGACUGUGUCUGGCAUCAGCUUAGUACAAGAACUAAGGAAUAUAUUCAAGACUUGAAAGUAUUGAGAACAAUGAUUUUGAAUCUAAUCCACGAUGAUUCGGUAUCAUUCUACUCUCUGGUGAACAAGUACAGGACCCCUGAGUACGCGCAAGUUAAUUCAGGCUGGAUACUCUUAGAUUCUGCUGAAACUUUGUUUCGAUUGGCAAAACUUAGAGUUUUUAACACAAAAAGUGAAUUCGAUCCGGAGCCAUCACCAAAAUGGAAAUGUUUGUGUGAUCUAUUGCUAGAUGAAAUACCAGAAGAAGUGAAGAAAAACCGAAACGGUUCACUUGCCAAUACAAAAAUACUCAUAUUGUGCAACGACAACAAAUCAUGCAGCCAACUCAAUCACUUCCUUACAAUGGGGGAGAGCAAAUAUCUAUUUUAUACAGCUUUUAGAAAAGAUUUAACAAUCAAUUUGGUCGCAUCAAAGUAUAAGAAAUUGAAUAAGCCACUCAAAAUUGAAGAAAAGUGUAAAACUCAAAAAGAUUUGGAAAAUACGUCAGAGUUGGAUGAAGAAGAUGUAUUGGAUGAAAUGAAUAAGUCUAAUUAUGUGUUAACGUUGACACAAGUGGCGACUAGUGAUUCAAAGAAGUCGAAAUCAAAAUCAUCCGAAGACAGUAUGUUUGAGCCUAUAUCACAGAUAGAAAACUUAGAUAUAACACAAUUAGAAACCGAGAGGCCAAUAAUAUGCAUACAAACAUUCAAACAGAAUGGCAAUCACUUCUCCCUCGGACAGACCUUAGAGACGUUAAGACCUGAAUACAUCAUUCUGUACCACAGUGACGUUUCAGCUGUGAGGCAAAUUGAACUUUUCGAGACUAAAAAGAAACCAGAAGAGCCUAAAUCAAAGGUUUAUUUCCUAAUUCACGAUAAAACAGUGGAAGAACAAUCGUAUCUUACGUCAUUGAAGCGAGAGAAACAGGCAUUUGAGUUGCUCAUACAGACGAAAAGUGUAAUGGUUGUCCCCUCCUACCAGGACGGGAAGACUGAUGAAUAUUUCAAUUUAAAUGUGGAGGAGGAGGAAGAUGAUUCUGUAGAUACUAGAAAAGCAGGUGGGCAAGCUAAACGCACGAAGGAAAAGCCCGCAGUCAUCGUAGACAUGAGAGAGUUUCGGUCAGAUCUCCCCGCCCUGUUGCACAAAAAGGGAAUCAACAUCGAACCUGUCACUAUAACUAUUGGCGACUAUAUUUUGACCCCCGACAUAUGUGUGGAACGCAAGUCGAUAUCAGAUCUCAUCGGGUCGUUGAACUCUGGGCGACUGUUCGCGCAGUGCACGCAAAUGUGUCGGAACUACAGCCGGCCCAUCCUGCUCAUAGAGUUCGACCAGAACAAGCCCUUCAACUUGCAGGGUAGCUUUGUAGUGUCAACAGAUAUAUCUGGUGACAAUAUACAGCAGAAGUUGCAACUCUUAACGAUACAUUUCCCAAGACUGAAGCUGGUCUGGUCUCCUAGCCCUUAUGCUACUGCAGAACUAUUUUAUGAACUCAAACAAGGGAAAAACAAUCCCAAUGUUGAGGAAGCAUUGGCCCUCAGCGGCGACACGACCGCAGAGGAUCACUUUGAGAGAUAUAAUAUUUUGGUUCACGACUUUGUGCAGAAGCUCCCCGGUGUCACAUCCAAAAAUAUCACCAGGCUCAUGAACAGAGGCAUCUCGCUGGACCAUUUGAUCACCCUCACUCAGGAACAACUACAAGAGAUAAUAGAGAACAAAAAUGAAGCAGAAACUUUAUACUCCAUACUGCAUGUGAAAGCACAACCUGCAGACUCAGACAAAAAAACAUUUGGCAAGAAAAAAUUCACAGGGAAAUCGUAUAAAUUCUGCAAAUAAAAAAAACAUUUGUAUUUUAUAUUUAUUUAUUGAAUAAAUUAUUAUUAUAA